UUCUUUUUAUCAAAGAAUAAAGGUUCUCUUCAGUUUGAAGACAAAUGGGAUUUCAUGCGUCCAAUUGUGUUGAAGCUUUUACGCCAAGAGUCUGUUACAAAACAGCAGUGGUUUGAUCUGUUUUCGGAUGUGCAUGCUGUCUGUCUCUGGGAUGAUAAAGGCCCAGCAAAAAUUCACCAGGCUUUAAAAGAAGAUAUUCUUGAGUUUAUUAAGCAAGCACAGGCACGAGUACUAAGCCAUCAAGAUGAUACAGCUUUGCUAAAAGCAUAUAUUGUUGAAUGGCGAAAGUUCUUUACACAAUGUGAUAUUUUACCAAAGCCUUUUUGUCAACUAGAGAUUACUUUAUUGGGUAAACAGGGCGGCAAUAAAAAAUCAAAUGUAGAAGACGGUAUUGUUCGAAAGCUCAUGCUUGAUACAUGGAAUGAGUCCAUCUUUUCAAAUAUAAAAAACAGACUCCAAGAUAGUGCAAUGAAGCUGGUACAUGCUGAACGAUUAGGAGAAGCUUUUGAUUCUCAGCUGGUCAUUGGAGUAAGAGAAUCCUAUGUUAACCUUUGUUCUAAUCCUGAGGAUAAGCUUCAAAUUUAUAGGGACAAUUUUGAGAAGGCGUACUUGGAUUCAACAGAGAGAUUUUAUAGAACACAGGCACCCUCAUAUUUACAACAAAAUGGUGUACAGAAUUAUAUGAAAUAUGCAGAUGCUAAAUUAAAAGAAGAAGAAAAACGAGCACUACGUUAUUUAGAAACAAGACGGGAAUGUAACUCUGUUGAAGCACUCAUGGAAUGCUGUGUAAAUGCCCUGGUGACGUCCUUUAAAGAAACUAUCUUAGCAGAGUGCCAAGGCAUGAUCAAGCGAAAUGAAACUGAAAAAUUACACUUAAUGUUUUCAUUGAUGGACAAAGUUCCUAAUGGGAUAGAGCCAAUGUUGAAAGACUUGGAGGAACAUAUCAUUAGUGCUGGCCUUGCAGAUAUGGUAGCAGCUGCUGAAACUAUUACUACUGACUCUGAGAAAUAUGUUGAGCAGUUACUUACACUGUUUAAUAGAUUUAGUAAACUCGUCAAAGAAGCUUUUCAAGAUGAUCCCCGAUUUCUUACUGCAAGAGAUAAGGCAUAUAAAGCAGUUGUUAAUGAUGCUACCAUAUUUAAACUUGAAUUACCUUUGAAGCAGAAAGGGGUAGGAUUAAAAACUCAACCUGAAUCAAAAUGCCCUGAGCUGCUUGCCAAUUACUGUGACAUGUUGCUAAGAAAAACACCAUUAAGCAAAAAAUUAACUUCUGAAGAAAUUGAAGCAAAGCUUAAAGAAGUGCUCUUGGUACUCAAAUACGUACAAAACAAAGAUGUUUUUAUGAGAUAUCACAAAGCUCAUUUGACACGACGUCUUAUAUUGGACAUCUCUGCUGAUAGUGAAAUUGAAGAGAAUAUGGUCGAGUGGCUAAGAGAGGUUGGUAUGCCAGCAGACUACGUAAACAAGCUUGCUAGAAUGUUUCAGGACAUAAAAGUAUCUGAAGAUUUGAAUCAAGCUUUUAAGGAAAUGCACAAAAAUAAUAAAUUGGCUUUGCCAGCUGAUUCAGUAAAUAUAAAAAUUUUGAAUGCCGGUGCUUGGUCAAGAAGCUCUGAGAAAGUCUUUGUCUCACUUCCUACUGAACUGGAGGAUUUGAUACCUGAAGUAGAAGAAUUCUAUAAAAAAAAUCAUAGUGGUAGAAAAUUACAUUGGCAUCAUCUCAUGUCAAAUGGAAUUAUAACAUUUAAGAAUGAAGUAGGUCAAUAUGAUUUGGAGGUAACAACGUUUCAGCUGGCUGUGUUGUUUGCAUGGAACCAAAGACCCAGAGAGAAAAUCAGCUUUGAAAAUCUAAAACUUGCAACUGAACUCCCUGAUGCUGAGCUUAGAAGGACUUUAUGGUCUUUAGUAGCUUUCCCAAAGCUCAAACGGCAAGUUUUAUUGUACGAACCUCAAGUCAACUCACCCAAAGACUUUACCGAAGGUACCCUCUUCUCAGUGAACCAGGAAUUCAGUUUAAUAAAAAAUGCAAAAGUACAGAAAAGGGGUAAAAUCAACUUGAUUGGACGCUUGCAGCUCACUACAGAAAGAAUGAGAGAAGAAGAGAAUGAAGGAAUAGUUCAACUACGAAUACUAAGAACCCAGGAGGCUAUCAUACAAAUAAUGAAGAUGAGAAAGAAAAUUAGUAAUGCUCAGCUGCAGACUGAAUUAGUAGAAAUUUUGAAAAACAUGUUCUUGCCACAAAAGAAAAUGAUAAAAGAGCAAAUAGAAUGGCUAAUAGAGCACAAAUACAUCAGAAGAGAUGAAUCUGAUAUCAACACUUUCAUUUAUAUGGCAUAAUUUUGAACAUCAUGGACAACAUUAAGAACUCAAAUUUUGGAGUGCUUGGGCAGAAAGUUGCAACAGUUUGUGCUGAAGGUUUAUUUGGACUUUGAUUACAUAAAUAUUAAAAUCUCUGCCUUACCUAACAAAACAACUAUAUUUUGCCAACCACAUUAGUUAGCAUGAUGGCAUUCCCUUCAUGUCACACACUCUUUAACAGCAUGCUCUUUUGUGGGAGACACUUGCAUUCAUGAAGAGCCCUUUAUGAACUUUUAAAAGGAAAUUUGACUUAUACCCACCAGAAGAAAUACAGUUGGGAAGGGUGAGGGUGGGAUUCUUACUGCUUUUUUUCUCCUUUUUCCUCUCUUACAAAAAUGUACUUGCACAAGGAAGGAUCUUCAGAUAUUUGUGCACUGAAAAUUACUGUUAUGUGUUGUUUUUAAAAUGCAAUUAAAACUAGAAAUAGCACUCUUGGUUUCUUUUGGUCAAAAGAGUGAGCUGGUCUACACACCAUUGGGAGAGGGCAGAUGUAGGUGAGGAGAUAAGUAUUUAAUAAGUAUCAAAUUAUUUGUUCAAACACUGCUUCAGUAUAAUAACUGGAUUUUAAUGGUGACCUAAGAAUGGUAUUAAAUUUUUCCAACUUACAAAUGCUGGCUUUCUUUAAUCAAGAGACUGCUGUUUUAGUUGUUUGUUUUUUAAUGAUAAGGAGUAUUUUUUAUUUUAUAUGGCUGGAGAGCUUGUUUUGGAAAAGUGAAGCUUAUAUUGUUUCUUCAAUUGUUUGAAACAUGUAUGGAGAUAGGUUGGUCAUUUUGAUUGCAAAGUCAAAAUAGCAAAGUUAAGUGUGUUUUUUCUAAUACACUUAAUAUAUCUAUACCUAAUAUUUGUUCUGCCAUUAUCCAAAUUCAUUAAAAACAAGGCAGAAACCUCCUGCUCUCAUAUAAUGCAGUUAUAUAAUUGAUCCCUUAAUCUGUAGCAUAGAAAUAUGUUGGUAUUUUAGUCUCUUGAUUAGGGAUGUAUAGCCUCAGGUUUCCUGAUAGGAAGACAUUCUGCUUUAAACAAGUAAUAAGUACCAGUUACCUACGAGGAAGAGAGAAA